GCACACGUAACCUAAAUCGAAGAUGGUGAGAAAAUGUAGAAAAGCUAAAGGAAUUGUAGAAGCUGGAGUUUCGUCAACGUAUAUGCAGCUUCGUAGUCGGAGAAUUGUUUAUGUUAGAUCGGAAAAAGCUAGCUCCGGUGAUAAUGGAGUUUUGUCGUCUUGUUGUGGAAGCAAUGAAUAUAAGAACAAUGAAUUUAUAGAUCUGGAGGAGGAAGAUAAAGAUGGUGACACUGAAACGUCGACGUAUCAACGGAGAACGAAGAGGAAGCUUUUUGAAAAUAUUAGAGAGGAGGAGAAAGAAGAAUUAAGUAAAUCUAUGGAGAAUUAUUCAUCGGAAUUUGAAUCGGCGGUUAAAGAAUCGGUAGAUUGUUGUUGUAGCGGGAGAAUAACGAGGGAGGAGACGGCGACGACGGAGGAGGAGAUGGCGAAAUCGACGACGGAGAUGCCAACGGAAUCGGAAAUUGAAGAUUUUUUUGUGGAAGCUGAGAAACAGAUCAAUGAAAAAUUCAAGAAGAAGUACAAUUUCGAUUUUGAGAAUGAGAAGCCAUUAGAAGGACGUUACGAAUGGAUAAAGUUAGAGUGAAGAAGAAGAAGUUUAUGUUUUUAUUUAACUUUUUUAGAUUUUAAUUUUCAGAGAAUAAGUUAAUUUUUAUUUU